GCACCUCUAGGCCUGGGCUGGCCACUCCUAUCGCACAGGACGCAGGGAAGGAGUGUGACCCUCACUCCACCCAGGAAUGUCUGGUCCCCAGGCCUCUUGCUGGGCACAGGGGACCUCAGUCUGCACUCAAGUUGCUUGCCCGGCAGUAGACAAGGAAGACAAGAUAGGCGGUGUCAAUGCAGAGUGCCAGGUGUCACACGCCCCAGGUCCGUGCACCAGUUUCAUCCUGAUCAACGACCAGAGCCAUCUCUGUAUGAAUGAAUUUUCCUGGAAGGAUGUUACCAAUGCCUUGUCCCUGGCCAACAUGAUCCUAGGGCUCUUCUCCAUCUUCUGCAGCUUCUGCAAGAAAUGCUACUGUGCCUCCUGGAUGCUUCUGAUCAGCUUCCUAUUAGACACGGCAGUUGGGACGAUAAGCAAACCCCUCGGCCUCUGCUCCAAAUCGGGGGUCGAGCUGAAUGACUUUGCUGUCUUCACCACCUUCGGCCUGGCCUCCGCCCUGCUCCUAGGCGUGGAAGGGCCUCUGAAUGGGUUCCUGGCUGUCAUUUAUGUGUUAGCUGCCACUUUCCGCCUGUGUUUUUAUUCAACCGGGGCUCCGUUCACAUACAAGGGUCUACCCUGCCGCUACGCUUCCUGUGUUUUGGCCUCCACCUGCCUUCUGACCAAAGGCAACACGUUCAUUCUCUCUUGCAUGGCCUCACUGAUGAUUCUAUUCAUGAUGGACCAGAGCUACUAUCCACAUGAUGAAAUCCUGGGGUCUGAGAACUGGAAAAAAUUGAUUUAUCUGGGAGGUGUCAUCAUGCUGCUUCUGUCUCCCUUCUCCCUAACUGCUUUUUACUGCCUGAUGUGGUCGCUGUCCUACAUCUUCUUUCCAGACGCGCUGUGGGGCAAGGCCGCGGGCUUCAGGAGACACUGAGCGGCUCCGCCCACCGCCGCUGGCCUCUGCGGGGCUGGGCCGGCGGGUCGGCAAGCCCUGCCUUGUCCUCACUAAAUCUUUCCUUGUCCCCGUG